AUGCUCACAGUCGCCUCCAUCCUCGCCGCGCUGGCACUGAGCGCUUCCAGUGCACUCGCGCACGGCAACUACGCUCAAGGCCAGACGGUGCUCAACAACAACCUCGGCGCGCAACGGCCCGACGUGACUCCCACUGCGAGCGGGGAGGCGUGGCUGGAGAAGUACGGGCCUCAGCAUGAUCUCGGGUAUACGGGCCCGCUCUCGUUCUCGCAUCUGGAGUACGCGCGGUGUUUGCAGGAGCCCGAUACGACGUUCGACGUCGCGAUCCUCGGCAUGCCGUUUGACACAACCGUCACCUACCGCCCCGGCGCGCGCUUCGGCCCCACCGGCAUCCGCAUCGGCUCGCGCCGCCAGAACGGCCAACGCGCCUACUCCCUCGCCUGGGGCAUGGACCCCUACCAAUCCGGCGCCAAGAUCAUCGACUGCGGCGACGUCCCGCUCAACGCGUACGACAACGCCAUCGCGCUGGACCAGAUGGAGGUCGCGUACAAGAGUCUAUUGGCGCGGCCUGUUGUGCGGAAGGAUGGGGAGGGGGAUGGGGAUGGGGAGGGUGCGGGGGAUGUUACGCGGGCGUUGGCGAGGGAUGGGGUUGCGCAUCCGAGGAUCGUUAGUUUGGGAGGGGAUCAUACUAUCGUGCUCCCUAUCCUCCGCGCUCUGAACUUCGUAUACGGUCCGGUGUCCAUCAUUCACUUCGACGCUCACCUCGAUACAUGGCCGCCAAACUCCUACGUCGCGCAAGGUAGCCUCACGCACGGCACAUUUUUCUACAACGCACACCAAGAAGGCCUCAUCCGCAACGGGAGCAGCAUCCACGCCGGCAUUCGUACUAAGAUGGCGGGUGUGGGUGACAUCCAGAACGACGAGGAAGUCGGCUUCAAGAUCGUUUCUACGGAGGAUAUCGACGAUAUCGGUCUCGACGAAGUGAUCAAGCGCUUGAGGGCGCAGGUCGGAGAGAACCCCGUGUACCUGAGCCUGGACAUCGACGUGAUCGAUGCCGGACUUGCACCUGCAACGGGCACACCUGAGGCCGGUGGAUGGACAGUCCGCGAGGUGAAACGAAUCAUCCGCGGACUCGCAGGUCUUAACUUCGUCGGCGCAGACGUCGUCGAAGUCUCCCCAGCAUACGACCACGCCGAUAUCACGAGCAUCGCCGCAGCCGACAUCGUGCACGACUUCCUGUCCAUGCUCAUGAGCGAGAAGCCGCCAAAGUCGCGCGACGAGCCGAUCGGCAAUGUCAGGACUCGAGAUGUCUUUCCUGCAACAGAUGUAGUAUGGACUUGGGCACGACCGGAAUGCGACUCCGCGAAAAAUGUGCCGUGUUGCAACAACACACUCGUACGAUCGGAAGAACCUCACACGAUUAAGUUGCCUGCAUCGUCAUACGAAGCUAUAUUGCGGUGCGACUUCGACACGGCUAGUGGCACAGCGUAUAUCCCGCUCCUUUCCGUGGACCACGGACUUCAUGGAGACGCGUACAACGAUUCAACACCAAUGCUUCUCAACCAAUCAAGCUCACUCCUGUACAGCGUUGGCCCGGAUGCCUGCCCAAACACCCUCUCUCUCAAGUCAAGGCUCCUGGUAUAUAAUGGACCCGCCCCUUCGCCUUUCGGAAUACUCAGCAUCGCUUCUCUCUUCCUAUUCUCGACCUAG